CCUCACAUGUUAGAGUGAAAUCACAAAGUUCAAUCACGCCUAUAAUCACAAAAUUCAAUCGUUCUAGUACGUGAAUCGCUUUCGCUGUGGCUAUGCCUAAUUAUUAUUUUCUACUAAUUUAACCAGCUGCUAAAGGAAUCGUUAAGAAAUAAGACAUCAUGGACGUGUGGCAUAAUCAGUAGUAGUUUUCAGCAAAUUGUUUCGCGUCAGUUGCGUGUGCCGUGGCCGAGUGUUGGUUGGAGUCUGCUCAGCCCAUAUAGCUACUAUCAUGGGGUUCAUCGCUCAGUUCAAGACAUGGUUUCUUCCACAACUGUUUUUAGGUUACGUGUUCAUUAUUAGUGGAUUAAUAGUGAACCUCCUUCAGCUAUGUUGCUGCUGUCUGGUAUGGCCAUUUUCCAAGAAGUGGUAUAGGAUAAUCAAUUCAAAACUCUGCUAUUCACACUGGAUACAACUAGUGUUCCUGGCAGAGUGGUGGGCUGAUGCCGAUAUCACACUUGUGGUUGACAAUGAAGCUGAUGCAAAAUACUACGGCACGGAACAUGGCAUCGUCAUUCUGAACCAUUCCUAUGAGAUUGACUGGUUGAUGGGUUGGAUGCUGUGUGGGCGCUGCAACACACUAGGGCGUCGUACGGAAUGCGCAAAAUGAUUGGCCUGACACAGAUAGAGCACAGCUCGUCCUACGGCAAGACGACCACUGCCACCGAGAAGGGGGACACUAAGAAGGAGCAGUGAGCGAGAGUAGGAGGUGGAGGAGGAAUAGGAGGAGGAG